AAAAGAGACCGCCUUAGAUGCAAGUCCACAAAAAGCAUUCACAGGCUUUUCUACACAGAUCAACUGAACCACCUAAACAUCCAUAACUUUAUCCAACAAGCAUGGCAACCAACGCGCCUCGCAGUUGUGAAGAUGACAUUGAAAUCAUGAUCAGAACGGGCGUACAGGAUCCACGCCGCAAGACAUCCAAGCGGUAUAAAUGGCCGCAUGAAGCCAUUCUCGUCGUUCAAAGUGACAGAACGGAAAGGAUUUUUCACAGCAGAAGAAAAACGAAAAAAUCCCCGUCACAACAUGCCGAGUGUGCUUUCCUAGAUGACCUCGAGUGUGCAGACUGGUCUUUAUCAUUUGAAGACAACUUUUCCAGGAUGUGCAUGCCCCAGAAGAUGACUGAAUACGACCUCUUCAUCAACUAUUCGCCAUGUGUUGAUUGUGCUGACCGGAUCAUAAGAUUCAUAAACAACCACCCUUCUGUUGCAUUUCACAUCCACUAUGCCAUGACCUACAAGGGUGGAGACGGCAUCCGAAUGUUAAUAAACCGAGACCGCAUUGCCUUGGCAACCAUGACUGGUGACACAUGGAAGGCUGUGUUAACAUCAAUUCUAAAAUUUCACAGAAAAAAAUCAAAGAAAACACUUCUUCGGUGCAAGUCGGGAUACGAGUCAUUAGCGAUCGCAGUCGCUUACUUGGGUAUUGAAACAUCUCCUGGAUGGAUACGAAUGAGAGAGAAAUCGGACGAGACUGAAGAAGAAGUACUUGAACAAAUCUAUGAAGACAAUGAAAAGUUUAUAAUGAUGCUAAAGAUGUUCAAGGCUAUUUGUGGAAGGACUUAGCAAAAGGGGAAGGUCGCAUCCACAAAGUAUGUACAUGUAAGGUGUCAUAGCUGGGUGGUUAAAGAUCAUUGAAUUCAAGUGUGGGUUCCAAUCCCAGCCAUGGCACUUGUGUCCUUGAGCAUUGGACUGUCCAAACUUGAUGUAGCUCAAUCCAAGACUCUUAAACCAAAGUCUAAGAAUGGUGCUUUUCUUCGCGACAACUGC